AUGUACGGCCAUGUCGCCAAGCUAGCUGAAGCCGAGAAGAAGGGUAUCGAAGAAGCCGGCGGCAAAGUGGAUGUCUAUCAAAUCGAAGAGACCCUCAAUUCCGAAGUCCUGGGCAAGAUGCAUGCACCUCCCCAGGACAAGGCUGUCCCCUUCGCUACCCCCGACGUCAUGAAGGAGUAUGAUGCAUUCCUCUUUGGCAUCCCAACUCGCUAUGGCACAUACUCUGCUCAGUGGAAGACAUUCAUCGACAGACUCGGCCAGCUCUGGCAGUCUGGCGCCCUGUUCGGAAAAUACUUUGGACUGUUCGUCAGCACUGCCACUGCUGGUGGUGGCCAAGAGACCACCGCUAUCACAGCUCUCUCGUCCUGGGUUCAUCAAGGCAUGAUCUACGUUCCUCUGGGUUACGCCACGGCCUUCCCGCUCCUGGCCGACUUGAGUGAAGCUCGGGGAGGCAGCCCGUGGGGUGCCGGCACCUUCGCUUCCGGCGACGGCUCACGGCAACCUUCGCAGAACGAACUUGAGUUGGCCAAGAUCCAGGGCAAGUCGUUCUACCAGGCCGUUUCCAAGGUCAACUUCGCGUGA